GGUAAAUUUUAUUAAAUAAAGUAAAAGUACAUAGCGUACAACCAAAAUGGCACUCUAAGUAUGCCAUGGUAUCUGACAUACUCUAUAGAAAGCAAUAGUGCUAACACUAUGAGUAAGUUCAGUACUAAUUGUGCGGAGUCUAAUCUCAUCCAGAAUAAUCCAAGUAAGGGAUUAUGCAUCUCGAUCCAGCUCUUGAAACCUCCGUCGAUUCCGUUCUUGCCAAAUGUGAUAUAUAAGGGAUCAAUGCCAAAAGAUUGCGAUAAGCAGCAUUGAUAACAUGUUUCUCUCUCCACCUCCGAUAAGCAGCAUUGAUAACAUGUUUCCCUCUCCACCUCCGUGCAACAAUCAAUACGUUAAUGGUCCAUCCUUUAGUAGUCCAAGGGAAUCGGACCGCACGUCUCAACAGACGAACACAAUGUCAAGCAUAAGAACAACAAAAGAACAGGUGUUGGUGAGUCUCUAAGGUAAAUAUGUUAAAAGUUCUAAACUUAUAUGACUAAAUGUGAUUAUUAAAAAGAUAAAGGAUGAAAAUUCAAUAUUGUAUAUGAAGGACUAAAUUGACAUCUUAUCAUUGGUACCAUCCUACUCCUACUAGAAUUCAAAUAUAUAUAUAUAUAUAUAUAUAACACAAAGAGUUCAAACACAAUCUACUAAAUAUAUCCUACUCCUACCAGAAUUCAAAUAUAUAUAUAUAUAUACAUAUAUAUUUAUAUAUAACACAAGAGUUCAAACACAAUCUAUUAAAUCCUCAGAUCAAGAAUUCAUAGUUCUUUCCCUUACUUCUCUUUGUUCUUCAAGGCAAACUAUCUCUCAGAUUUCGGCGUCCAUUGCGUUUCUUACACCAGAAACAAUCAAGAAACAAUGGCUAAUCAAUGGUUAAAAGACAAUCAGUUUCCAGAGAAUUUCCAUCAAUGGUUCGAAGAAAACCAGGCCCCGGAUUCCGAGUUAAUGUCCAACAACCCGUCAAGCCCUGUGCCAACCAUUCAGAACAUCGUCUCGACGGUAAACCUGGACUGCAACUUAAAUCUUGCAGAGAUCUCGCUCAAAACAAGGAAUUCAGAAUACAAUCCCAAGCGCUUUUCUGCUGUUAUCAUGAGGAUUAAGGAGCCAAAGACGACAGCCCUGAUUUUCGCGUCCGGGAAGAUGGUCUGCACCGGAGCAAAGACGGAACAACAAUCGAGGCUGGCGGCCAGGAAGUUUGCCCGGGUUGUCCAGAAAGUUGGUUUCCCUGUCAGGUUCAGUGGGUUCAAGAUUCAGAACAUGGUUGCUUCUUGCGAUGUUAAGUUCCCCGUCAGAUUGGAGAACAUGAUUUGCGGGCAUGGAGUGUAUUCAGUUUACGAGCCGGAGAUAUUUCCAGGGCUGAUUUACAGGAUGAUGAAACCCAAGGUCACGAUUCUGGUUUUUGCAUCCGGAAAGAUUGUGAUUGCCGGAGCCAAGCAGAAGGAUGAUACGUUUACGGCGUUUGACAACAUAUAUCCUGUUCUUGAACAGUACAAGAGAAUGUAGCUUUAAUUGAUGACUAUUCAAGAACGUUGGAAAACAAAAAGAGACCGAUCAUGUAUAUGAUACUUUUCCUUUUGUUCAUGUAUCUAUCAAUUUGAAGUAAUCAUGUAAAUUUUGUGUUUCAUUUUAUAUUUUUGCUCAAUAUUCCACUCUAAUAUUGAUUGUUUGUGAGAUGUCCA